AUGCCGCCUCUCUUGCCGGCGCGCAUGCGCGCUGCGCGCCGCCGCCCCCCCCCCCCGGCUGCGGCGCAGGGGUUUGUAGCCGCGGUGGGGCGGAGAGCGAGGCGGCGGGCGGGGAGGGGUUCGGCGGGGAGGGCGGGUGUUGGGAGCCCCGUGAGGGGGGCUGGCGCCUUCGCUCACCUCAUUCCCCGCCGGGGUGGGAAGGCGGGGGAGCCCGCCGGGGGUUACGAGCCCCUUGCGGCGCUUUUCUUCCGACAAGCCCCGGUACGGGCGAAGAUCUGGCUGUUUCCUCGCGGUAUCCGCGGUGUUGCGUUGCGAUACGGCUGGUUUUGUGGCUGCCGACCGCUGCCUCAACGUCUUACGGCGCAGUCCCGUCAGCCCGGCGGGCAGAUUCGCAUUAUUCUGCCUUUUUGUGAUGCUGCCUCCACUGUUGCUGUUGUACUAUUGGAAGGCCCUAGACAUGGUUUGAAAAGACAUGCUGUCCUUUGUCUCAUUGGGUUCAACAAAAGGAAGUGUAAAGUCCUGCACCUGAGGAGGAAGAACCCUAUGCACCAGUACAUGCUGGGGGCCACCCAGCUGGAAAGCAUCUUUGUAGAAAAAGACCUAGGGGUGCUGGUGGACACCAAGUCAAACAUGAGCCAGCAGUGUGCCCUUAUGGCAAAGGUGGCCAAUGGUGUCCUGGGCUGCAUUAGACGAAGUAUGGCCAGCAGGUCGAGUGAGGUGAUCCUUACCCUCUGCUCAGCACUGCUGAGGCCACACCUGGAGUGCUAGGUCUAGUUCUGGGCUCCCCGGUACAAGAGGGACAUGGAGGAAGGGUGCGAAGAGGGCAGAGCCAGACUUUUCUCAGUGGUGCCCAAUGAUGGGACCGGAGGCAGUGGUCACAAACUUAAACACAGGAGGGUCCAUCUGAACAUUAUAUGGUUAAAGUCGUAUCUGCAGUCCUGUCAGGAGCUACAACACAAGCCAUCCAUGCACAGUAUAGGUAACUUUGAUAUAAUUUGCUUCAGUUUCCAUAUUAAUGUUGUUAGUGCUGCCUGGUAAUGGUGCUGGGUAAAGAAGGGAAUUGUUUCUGUCUCUGGGAGGUGUUUUUCUUCCAGUUCACUUGGAACAUGAAACCUGUGUUUCCAGCCAGGCUUGCCAAGUUGUGUAUUUCAUAAUAGUCAUGGUAAAGGGAUUCUGCUGCGUGUUCUACAGGGGUAAAUUGUGUUAUAUACAAAUAAAAUGUAAAUGAUGCUA